CGCAAGAAAAUAUGGAGCAGAAUGAUAUGCGGAGGAUUUACGAAACUGUCAAUGGCGGGCGAAAAAAAAAAACAGCGCCUUCUUCCGUCAUGUGCAACGACCGUAUGGAAACUUGCUGACAGAUAAAACAAUGGUGGCUGCCAGAUGCAGAGAGCACUUCGUGGGAUUGUUGAACGGUGGGAAUGUAAUGUAACGUUCGCUUGUAUUAUGUUGAGUUGCACCUUAAGCUUCAGCACCAUUCACACCCCACCGCAUAUUUGUACACACGCCCUUUGCUGAAACGAGUGACGUUUGUCACGACCAGUAGAACCAACUUAAGCAGCGCACCGUUUUCCGCUCUGGAGGUCGAACAAAAAGUGAACCAUCGGCAGAAAAAGUUCAAUCGUUCGCGGGUGCUGUCGCGUCUUCAGGCCAGGCCAGGUCUCGCGAUUGAGGAAUCGGCCACGAGUGAUCGGAGUGGACAGCGAAUCGUCGGUUGCGCGGCCGUUCAAGAGCUAGGCUCGUGAAAUCGGAUCCCGUCCGCCAAAGGCAAUCUCUUCCGAGAAGGAGCGCCGGCAUAUGCUCCGAGGCCACACGGAACGUGGCUGACUGGAGGAUCAAUAAAUCCAGAAAUAAGGAAACGGGGCAGCACGGACGUAGAGGCUGGAGCUGGCCAAAGAAAACCAAAAUCCAUGUGGAACCAAAAAACGAAUUAAGGUAAAUAGUGCCGAAAAUCAAUAUUCACAUCGAGAUUUGACACGUUUCGUUCCUCAGACAACUGAACGACAGUGUCCGCCCAGAGGUGGGGCGUAAUUUGGGGAUCACACCGAGAAAGAGCGUUCCCAAACCAGGGGCGCUUUUUCUUUUAUGCCUUUUGUUUUGCGUAUCACUGACCACUGGAACCGGAGUGCCUGCCAGGUCCGAGGAGCCCGCAAGCGAAGCGACAGCAUCCAGCACGCCAUUCAGCCGAUCAUUGGCUCGGCGCAGAGGAACUGGCAAUCACAGCCGUGCCAGGGAAGGAAGACCGGAAGAGCCCGGGGCCACCGGGACGAAGAAGCAUUCCAACCUCGUGCGACGACUGGAGGACCGUUGGCAUCCACGCGAGUCUCCACCGUCCAUCCCUUCGAGGGCACGAGAAAGGCUCGAAGUCAGGCGUGGCAAGAAACUUUCCGUCAUCACGAGGAAAAGCAGCGCGGUCGGUCCGUGCACCGAUUCAGCAACAGCACCAGACGGCGGCGAGCCCCAACAAAGGCGGGAUCGCGGGGCAAGACGCUCCUCGUGGUAAAACCCAGCGACUGGUGCACGCCAGUCGGCGACAACGGUUCCGGCAGCGAAGAUCCCUGUGAGUACGUUCUGAGCAUGCGCAUGCAAUAAAGAGAAGAUCGUGAUCGUGAGGUAAUAGUCAGGAGAAGUUAGAAGGGUUUGGCCAACCAAUUAGGUAGAUAGGAAGAAAAGUAGAGGAGCCCCAGGGGCGUGUGAUGUGGAAGGGGGAAGAAAUACAAAAUGCUUUCUAGUUGAAUUUUGGCUCUUUUCUUUAUUUGGUUUGAGGAAACCCAAUAGUAAGAGCGACAGACAUAUUC